UUACGUUACUGGUGAUUCUUUGCAGUUGCCUCAUGUUUCCGCUCUAAAUUUUCGAUAUAGAUAUUAACUUACCUAUACAUUAUUAGCUGGAGUCUCAGAUGAUUUACAAGCUGAAAAAGGUGGAUUGCAGGGAAAAUCCGGUGCGGUUGAAAAACGUUUCAUGUCGCUUAAAAGCCAUCAAUUGGAAUGUGGCAAUGGUCAACAUGGACUGCGAGUUGUUAAUGCCUAUAGUACGCCCAGUGAUUCGCGUUCAGGUCCUUAAAAAGGAUUACAGCAACCAGUUCCAGCCAUUUCUUAUCGACGUAAAGUUUGGAUUUUGCGAGGUGGUCGAAAAGAGAAGCUACUUUCCCUACGCCCUAAUUGUUUGGAAAUUGUUUAAACGAUAUACCAACGUUAACCACUCCUGUCCAUUUUCGGGUCAUCUAAGCGCACGAGAUGGAAUUCUGGGAUCAGAAAUACUUCCGCCUUUCCCAGAGGGCUUAUUUGAAUUCCGCUUUACAUUCUGGGAUACCAAUUCAACCAACACCGAACACUUGGGCACUGUGAAACUUUUCAUUCAAGUCAUGGAGGCCAUAAGCAGCACGAGAAGACCACGCCCUUAAAAUUAUAGCUUUAUAAAAAAAACUAAAGGAAUAUAUAUAUAUUUGGUUAAUUAAAAUUUGCACAUUUAAAAGGGU